AUGGAUAACAAAGACUCGGAAGCUGAGAUCCACCCACUGAAGACUGAGGACGUGAAACCUCAAGAGAACCAUGAAAACUCUGUGGAGAGAAGAAUUGUCAGCAAGCAGUCAUCACGGCUGUCUCGGCUGUCCCGGUGGCGCACUGCCGCCUUCUUCAUCUCCUUAUUUCUCUGUCUGAUAAUUGUGUUUGCUUUCUCAUUCAUCAUUCCUUGCCCUGAGAGGCCAGUUUCAGAAAGAACAUGGUUCCGAAACUACGACAAUGCAGUGGCCUACCAGUUUCUCGCUAUCGAAGAUGCGAACGAAGACAAAGUGCAAGAUGUCAUCUUUGCUUUCAAAGCUAGCAACAGCAGCAGCAGCUUCAACAGGUCCUGUUUGGAUGAAGGUCUGCCUUCUCCCUGUGCCUUUGUUGCUGCUGUGUCUGGCACAAACGGCAGAGCGCUCUGGGAGAGACCUGCUGCUGAGGCUAUUGAGUGGAUGGAGUGUGGCAUCCAGCAGCUUGCGGGGGGGCUGGCCCCGGGCUGCCUGGUGGUGGGGAAGCCGGUGUCUCUUACAGCAGUUGACCUGCGGACAGGGGAGGUUCGGUGGAGACAGUCCAGUGACUUUGGAACUAAUUAUACUGUGCUGACUCCUGUGUCAGUGAUUCCAGAUGUGGAUAGUGAUGGAGUUCAGGACCUGAUAAUCUUUAUUGCUACAGGAGAUAAGAUUAAGACCUUCAUCCAUUCAGGGAAAAAUGGCAAACAGAUCGGUUCCACUGGAAGCCUGAGCGUGGAUGGGACAGCUCACUAUGUCAGGCUGAACCUGGGCUCCUCCUCCUACUUCCUUUUCUAUACAGAAAACUCUGUCUAUGCAUAUUCCCUCAAAGAUCUCUACAGUGCAGCAACUGGGAUGGAAAUUAAACUUCCCAGCCUUGAGCAAGAUCCUCAGUGGGAGAAGAUCAUUGACCGCACCACGCACCGCUUAUCCCUUCUGAGCUCUGGAGACAUUCGUCACCUGGCAAAAAUUCCUGGGCGAUUACGGGAGAACAUCUUGGUUGUGAGCUCAGAGAUGGCUACACUCAUCAACACACGAAAUCUUCAGACCUUGUGGACCCUCAACGUGUCCCGUGUUGUGAGUGAGCCGCUGCUUGGUUAUUACAAACCUGAUGUUCUUGGCAUUGUCCUUGAGAGUGAAAUUGGACCCAACAGAAAGAAGGUUAUGAUUGUUGAGAGUGGAUCUGGAGUAGUCCAGUGGGACCUGAAGCUGAACUCAAGAGCAGAGAGCCCUGCGCCAGCCACACUUUCUACUGCUGAUCACCGCUCCACCUUCCUCAUCUGGGGUGAAUACCAGGCACCAGGAAACGAAACGAGAUCCAGAGCUCCUCUCCAGAAGCUGUAUCUUUUCCAUCCUUCCUACACUAAUGUCCUGUUGGAGCUCCGCAAUAGCACAGACCAAAUAAUUGCAUUCGAUGCCACGCUGUUUGAACGGAGCCGUCAUGCCUGCUACGUGCUGUUGAGGGGGCCUCAGCCCAGCGAGGAGCCCGGCUCGGUGUCUCUGAUGAAGCGUAAGCUGAAGGAGGAUGUCUCUGAGAGCAGGGUGAUCUGGCUGAGCCAGGUGGCUGUGGACAGCAAGCAGUACGUCCGCGACCGUCUCUACAGGAUGCGAUUCCACAGCCGAGUGUGAGCUUGCAGAGGGAGGGGGAGGGGCUGC